AUGGCAUUACGUGUUCCAAAGAGUAGUUAUCCUCAGUUAUUUAAGGAUGGCUAUAAGGUUCGCGUUGACGAAGCUGUACUUAAAAAUAUUCAAGCUAUACAUGAGCUAUCAGAAAUCGUUAGAACUUCUUUUGGUCCCAAUGGGAGGAACAAAAUGGUGAUCAACCAUCUUGAAAAGCUUUUUGUUACUAACGACGCCGCCACAAUUAUCCGUGAAUUAGAAGUCGUGCAUCCAGCAGCAAAAUUAUUGGUAAUGGCAAGUCAUCAGCAAGAACAAGAGGUUGGUGACGCGACAAAUUUUGUUAUAAUCUUUGCCGGCGAGUUACUACAAAAAGCUGAAUAUCUAUUACGCAUGGGGCUUCAUCCAAGUGAAAUCGUGCAAGGCUAUGAGCUUGCAAGGGACAAAGUAUUGGAGAUUUUGGAAGAACUCUGUGUAGAAACAAUAAAAGAUCAGAAAUCAAAACCAGAGCUUUUAAAAGCUGUCAAGUCGGCUAUUGCCUCUAAGCAAUAUGGAAAUGAAGAUUUACUUGCCGAUUUAGUCGUCGACUCUGCGCUUUCAAUUAUGCCAAAAAAUCCUGCAAACUUCAAUGUGGACAAUAUUCGGGUGGUUAAAAUAAUGGGUAGCAGUAUUUAUGAAAGCAAAGUGGUUAAUGGCAUGGUAUUUGGUCGUGAACCUGAGGGUGUUGUUCAUAAGGCGCAUAAGGCCAAAAUUGGAAUUUUCACUUGUUCUUUAGACCUUUCACAAACGGAAACAAAAGGAACUGUUUUGCUUCACAGUGCACAAGAAAUGUUGAAUUUUACUAAAGGUGAAGAACAGCAUAUGGAAAAAGUUUUUAAAGAAUUAGCUGAGGCUGGGAUAAAUGUCGUUGUCACUGGUUCUGGAUUAGGUGAAUUGGCCUUACAUUAUUUAAAUAGACACAAUAUAAUGGUCGUAAAAGUUUUAUCAAAGUUUGAUUUACGUCGGUUGUGCAGAGUUGUUGGUGCUACGGCACUGGCUAGAUUGGGUCCUCCUACUGCUGAAGAAAUGGGAUUCUGUGAUAUUGUCGAAACUGUUGAGAUAGGUGGUGAUAGGGUUACAGUAUUUAGACAAGAGAAUGAAAUUUCGAGAACUGCUACUAUCGUAGUUCGUGGUGCGACUCAAAACUUUCUUGAUGACGCUGAACGUGCUAUUGAUGAUGGUGUUAAUAUCGUAAAAGCGGUCACCAGAGAUGGGCGUCUCGUCGCUGGUGCUGGUGCUACUGAAAUGGAAUUGCUCAAACGUUUACUCUCUUUUGGAGAGAAAACUCCUGGUAUCAAUCAACAUUCAAUAAAAUCUUAUGCAGAGGCGUUUGAAGUAUUUCCACGCACUCUAGCGGAAAAUGCAGGAUUAGAUGCUACACAAAUUCUUUCGAAACUUUAUGCAGCUCAUCAUCAAGAUGAUAGUGGUGUGAUUGGUGUUGAUAUCGAAAGCGAUACUGAAAAUAGUACUUUGGAUGCUUUUAAGGCUGGCAUUUAUGACUGUUUUAUAGCUAAAAGUUGGGCUAUUAAAUUUGCUACAGAUGCCGCUUUAACAGUCUUGAGAGUAGAUCAGAUUAUUAUGAGUAAGCCAGCAGGUGGACCAAAACCUCCACAACAAAAUCCAAAUUGGGACGAAGAUUAG